AUGGAGGCCGAAUCUUCGGGUCUGGACACCUCACUACUCACCACUGAAGCAAGACUCCCAGACAUAACCAACCCCCGUCAACCCCCACCAUCUGCAGCCAUCAUGAAGGCCGGAUCUCCGGACCUGGACCCACUUCAAUCUCGUGCCGUCAUGGAUAUCGACAGUCGUCUUCCUACUCCGGUCUCACCUUUAGUCCAGCCAAGUACGCUCAAGGAAUUCCUCGCCCACAAAGCCCUCACGAGUAACGGCCGCACCGAAUGCGUUCCCAAUGUAGUGCAAUACAACCCGCUCAAGGACAUCGGAGUUUUCCCCGCCAGCACCGACGCAACGGAUCUCGGUUUUGUCACCACACCUUCGACGCAGCGUAAGGGGCUGAGCAAUGCACUGCUACGGUCCGUCAAGGAAUCGGAGCAGCGCGGGCGUCAGGUGCAGCCGAGUCUGGAUAUGAGGAGUGGCAGGAGAUCGAUUCGUGCUGAAGACAUUGUCGGCGAAGCGCAGUUGAUGAACGAGCAGCCGGCGACGAAGAAGAGGGCAGUUGCUAAGAAGACCGGUGAUAAGAAGACCGCGAACAAGGCUCCCCUUCAAGGGAUACUGAAGAAGAAGAAGUUAGGAGGAGGUGAAAGUAGAAAUGGGAACACGAACAUGGGGCCACCGGCUUUACCCAAGAAGGCGAAGAAGGUUACCAUUGAGGCGGAUGAAAAUCGAGAGGAUAGUGAUUAUGUGGAGCCGGUUGUCACAGCUCCCAAGAAGGCCCAUCCUCCCAAGAAGACCCUUCCUCCAAAGAAGGCUAUUCCUCCAAAGAAGGUCGUUCCUCCGAAAAAGGUUAUUUCGGACAAACCGGUCGUUUCUCAAGUUAUUCCCCAGAAGAGAAAAGCACCGCACAAUGCCGACGUCGAACAGCAGGUUGAGACGAAGGAACCAAAGCCCAAGGCCCAGAAGGCUAUCAAUGAAGCACCGGAAAGUGUAAAAAAGGCAACUGCUCCGUCCCGAACUUCUCCUGUGCCUGUACUAGCAUCUGCGAAGUCUACAGUGGCCCACCGACUCAACAGACCCGCGAUUAAGCAGCGAGGCAAAAACUUCAAGAAGCCCUCAUACCACCUAACCGCCGCGGUAUACAAGAAAAGCUCGUCUUCAUCUCCGAAGGAAAAGCUAGAGCCCAAAGAAGCUCCUGAUUCUUUCAGCUCCUUGCUCGAGAAGUUGAAUGAUGUCUCGAAGAAACAUAACUCGAAGGCACCACAAGCCAGGAGCCCGUCGCCGGGAUGUGAGACGAGCGGCAAGCGAUUUCGGUUUGAAUCGGCGAGUCACAAACAUGAAACGCUCGAUACAGAAGGGUCAUCUGGCAAGAGGGAUACUGAGGGUGACCGUGUGGAGGGCCACACAAAAGGAGAGUGGACAAAGAACGAGCGCACAAGGGAGGAACGUACGAGAGAAAAUCGACCAGAGAAGGAUCUCUUACGGGAUGACCGCACAAGAGAGGGUCGACCGAUGAAGGAGUACACAGUGCCAGAGCGUCCAAGGGAAGAUCGGAAGAAGGAAGAGCCCAUCACCUUGCAACGCACUCGCCCACCCACGGUCUCAUACGCCCAUACCGACCCGCUCUUGGACUACGGAGAGGAUGUCACGGAUAGGUUGGCAAAUAAGCUAAAGAUCUACAGCUCCAACGCCGUCGUCAAGGACCCAAUCCCCAACAACCUCAAACAUAUCAUCAAGGAACCAAUUCCCAACAGCCCCAAACCUAUCAUCAAGGAACCACUCGCUGACCACACAGAGGAUGUCGUGGAUAGGUUGGCAAAUAAACUAAAGAUCUACAGCUCUAACGUCAUCGUCAAGGACCCAAUCCCCAACAGCCCCGAACCUAUCAUCAAGGAACCACUCGCAGACCACACAGAGGAUGUCGCGGAAAGGUUGGCAAAUAAGCUAAAGAUCCACAGCUCCAACGCCAUCGUCAAGGACCCAAUCCCCAACAGCCCCAAACCUAUCAUCAAGGAACCACUCACUGUUCCUCUACGGAGUGCUGGUGAAAUCCCCCGGCUGGAAUCGCCUAGUGCUAGAUCACCGCUACCACCACAGCAACUGCCGCCAAAUGCGUUGUCGAACUUGUAUAAGCCGCUCAGCAGACCGGAGCUUCCAUCAUCCUCUCGGAGGCGCCCCCGCGCAUCCCAUCAGGCCCCCGUUCCUGUGCACCGUCCUAAUAGCGCGGGAGCUAUGCGAAUACGAGGCGCCAUAGGACGAAUUGGGCUGAACAUUACAGAGGUACGGGGAGACCUUUCGAAGAUGAGAGGCGUCCAGCGGACAGACAUGACCGCCGUCCUGAGGACCGGCGUGUCGGGGAUGAUAGAAGACCCGAGGGAAGGCAUACUAUGGGUCGCCACGAGGGAUGGUUGGGCGGUGAAGGACGUGACAGGCUAG